UUCCGAACCUGACACUCAAGAUACAGUGCGCAAAGUCUGUGAAAUGGGUCUUAGACUGAUGACUUUCUGUAGCUGCUUUGUGGAAGUGCCAACCUACCUUGAUCUCAAGGCUAUAAGCUACAUGAAAUAUUUUUCAGUGAACAACAUGCUCUAUCAGAAAUAUACCACCAGACUGAUCAUCUUCACUUUGCUGCAUGCUGCUGUGAUCUUGUACAAGGCACUUAUGAUCUGGUGUGUCUGGAAAGUCUUCAAGUCACUGAAUCUUUUGGCAAAGAAGAAAGAAACACCUCAACAACAAGAUUUCACAAAGGUAGCACUACCAUCUUAUGAACAGGCUGUUAAGGCAUCAAAAGAUUCUCCACCUCCAUAUUCCAUUGUCUAAACCACAAGGCCAUAAGAGAAACCAGCUUCUGUCCACAGUAAUGAGCCAUCCUUUAUGGCGCCAAGUGAUGGAGACCAAAGGAUGCUGUGCAAUAGGCAGUACAUAGUUUCCAAUGCAAAGCAACAAAGACCAAAGGGAACUACAGUGCAUGGACGCUGUCUAUCUAUGCAAAGCAAUGCAAGUAAACAUUAUUUAAAAGCAUUUUUGCAGACAGACCAUUUUAAGAAUGUCAGUAUAACAGCAGAAAAUUAAUUUAGCUUGUCUUAAAACUCAGCAAAAGAUUUGUUGAAACUAGAGUGAUCUGUGCUUUUAUA